GGAGGACAGGGGAGAGGGUGAGCUCAGGGCCUGCCCGCAGUGGGGCUGGGAAACUAGCAGUGUAGUCUGCGGGAGGCCAUUUCCCUGACGCAAGGUUCAAGGUGCUCCAGAGAAGGGCAUGUCUGUGGGAGUCCAGAGGAUCUGCAGAGAGGACGGUGCCAUUUAAAGGAGGGGGUGAGGAGGCGCUGGGGCGGGGCCUCCGCAAGGCUCUCCUGCCCUAGCCACCCACAGGGCAGGUCGCCUGUUCAGGAGCUCUGGGGCUUAGAGGAGAUAAUUUCGGCCUUUGGGGUCUCGGUUGUUCAACUGAAAAAUGGGAAUUAUGAGGACAGCACUCACCCUCCUGGUGAGGUGGUGAGGUCGGGCGGGUCCUAGUGAAGUGAGAGGGGCACCGCACCCCUCCACCAGGCUGAGGCCCCGUUGGGGCGGGGCGGGGCGGAGGCAUCUUGCGGUCUUCCUAAGGGCGGGGACCCCGGCGCUGGACCGCUGCCUUCUGGGCUGGCCAAGCUGCCCUGGCGCAGGGCUCGGCGGCCUGGCACACCUGCGGCGCUAGGUGAGGAGGUGAGCCUGUUUCUCCUCUCGCGGACACACGGGCUCUCCGGCCGGCAGCUGCGCGAGGCAGGUCCAAGGCCCGCGGGCCGGGGUCGCCAGGGCUCAGCGCUGAGCGUGCAGCGGCUCCCAGGGCGGGCGGAGGCCUGGGGGCCCGGGAGCCCGCCCGCCCGCCCGCAGGUGGCGGCCAGCCCCGCGGCCAGGUGGGCGUGCCAGCCCCGCCCCGCGCCGCCGCGGACGCCCCGCCCUCCCGCGCGCCGGGUCGGAGCCGGAGCCGGUGCGGAGCGCAGCCGCGCGGAACCCGAGCCGCACGCGGGAGCGCGGCCCGCAGCUGAAGGCUCCAGGGAGCGCGUCACGACCGGACCCGAGAGCGACCGGCCCGAAGCGCGGCCUUGCCCGCCCCGGCCGCGGCAUGGACGGCGCCCGUUCGCCCUAGAUGGACGGUGAUGGCCGCCUAGACGCCCGCGGAGCGCCGGGGGAGGCCGGGCGCGGCGCGGAGCCCGCGGGCAUGGCGGAGCCGACGGCGGUGCCCAGGGCGAGGGCGGCGCGGCCCGGGCCGCACCGCUUCCUGCGGCGCAGCGUGGUGGAGUCGGACCAGGAGGAGCCGCCGGGCCUGGAGGCCGCCGAGACGCCCGGCGCGCAGCCCCCGCAGCCCUUGCAGCGCCGGGUGCUGCUGCUCUGCAAGACGCGCCGCCUCAUCGCCGAGCGCGCCCGCGGCCGCCCCGCCGCCCCCGCGCCCGCCGCGCCCGCCGCGCCGCCCUGCGCCCCCAGCGCCCCUGGCCCGGAGCCCGCGGGUGCGCAGGAUCCUGGCCUGGAUGCGGUGUCGGCGCCCGCCCCGGACCGGCCUCCAGAGGAGGCGGCAGAGGCGAGGAAGGAGGACGCGGGGGCGCCGGAGGCCAGGCCGGAGCCCGGGCCUGUCCGCCGGGAUGAGCCCGAGGAGGAGGAGGACGAUGAGGAUGACCUCAAGGCCGUGGCCACCUCCCUGGACGGCCGCUUCCUCAAGUUCGACAUCGAGCUGGGCCGCGGCUCCUUCAAGACGGUGUACAAGGGGCUGGACACGGAGACCUGGGUGGAGGUGGCCUGGUGCGAGCUGCAGGACCGGAAGCUCACCAAGCUCGAGCGGCAGCGGUUCAAGGAGGAGGCUGAGAUGCUCAAGGGCCUGCAGCACCCCAACAUCGUGCGCUUCUAUGACUUCUGGGAGUCCAGCGCCAAGGGGAAGCGGUGCAUCGUGCUGGUGACGGAGCUGAUGACCUCCGGGACGCUGAAGACGUACCUGAAGCGGUUCAAGGUGAUGAAGCCCAAGGUGCUGCGCAGCUGGUGCCGGCAGAUCCUGAAGGGGCUGCUGUUCCUGCACACCCGGACACCCCCCAUCAUCCACCGGGACCUCAAGUGUGACAACAUCUUCAUCACUGGGCCCACCGGCUCCGUCAAGAUCGGCGACCUGGGCCUGGCAACCCUCAAGAGAGCGUCCUUUGCCAAGAGUGUGAUAGGCACCCCCGAGUUCAUGGCGCCCGAGAUGUACGAGGAGCACUACGACGAGUCGGUGGACGUGUACGCCUUCGGCAUGUGCAUGCUGGAGAUGGCCACGUCGGAGUACCCCUACUCGGAGUGCCAGAACGCCGCACAGAUCUACCGCAAGGUCACCUGUGGCAUCAAGCCAGCCAGCUUUGAGAAAGUGCACGAUCCUGAAAUCAAGGAGAUUAUUGGGGAGUGCAUCUGCAAAAACAAGGAGGAGAGGUACGAGAUCAAGGACCUGCUCAGCCAUGCCUUCUUCGCGGAGGACACGGGCGUGAGGGUGGAGCUGGCUGAGGAGGACCACGGCCGGAAGUCCACCAUUGCCCUGAGGCUCUGGGUAGAGGACCCCAAGAAACUGAAGGGCAAACCCAAGGACAAUGGGGCCAUAGAGUUUACCUUCGACCUGGAGAAGGAGACGCCGGACGAUGUGGCGCAGGAGAUGAUCGAGUCUGGGUUCUUCCACGAGAGCGACGUGAAGAUCGUGGCCAAGUCCAUCCGCGACCGCGUGGCGCUGAUCCAGUGGCGGCGGGAGAGGAUCUGGCCGGUGCUGCAGCCGCAGGAGCGGCAGGACCCGGGCAGCCCCGACACAGCCCGGGCUCCGCACGCGCCCCUGCAGGUCCAGGUGACCUACCACACCCCCGCGGGGCCGCCGGAGCCCGAGGAGCCCGAGGCGGACCAGCACCUCCUGCCCCCCACGCUGCCGGCCAGUGCCACCUCCCUGGCCUCGGACAGCACAUUCGACAGUGGCCAGGGCUCCACCGUGUACUCGGACUCACAGAGCAGCCAACAGAGCAUGGUUCUGGGCUCACUGGCAGAUGCCGCCCCACUCACCGCCCAGAGCGUGUGCAGCGCCCCCGUGAGCGUGAGCGUGAGCGAGGGGCUCGUCCUGCCACACAGCCUGCCCUCGCUGGGGGCCUACCCGCAGCCCGCCACGCCUGGCCUGCCGGCGGGCGCCAUCCCGCCCUCCACCCGCGCUUCGCUCCCACCGCAUUUCCCGGAGCCAGCCGUGAGCUUUGCCCCUGUGCUGACCGGCCCAGGCCAGCCCAUGCCCUCGGGCCACCAGCCUCCACUGGCCCAGCCAGCGCCCCUGCCACAGGUCCUGGCCCCACCACCCAUGCGCCCUCUCCAGCCGGUGCCCGCUCAUCUGCCUCCGUACCUGGCUUCGACCUCCCAGGUGGCCGCGGCGCAGCCGACGCCCAUCCAGAUGCCACCGGUGCCCCUGCAGCCACUCACUCCAGUCCCCCCGCAGAUGCCUCCACCUCCUGUCAUCCCGCCAGUUGCUCCCCUGGCCGCAGUCGACAGCCUCCCCUCGGCACUCCCCGACCUGCCGGCUGCCAGUGGGCCUGCGGUGCCGCCUCCCUCUCAGUAUUUCUCUCCUGCCGUCAUCUUGCCAAGCCUCCCGCUCAGUGCUGCCGGCCCCCUGCCCGCGUCACCAGCCCUGCCUCUGCAGACGGUCAAGCUUCCCCACACCGCCGGGGCACCCCUGGCCAUGCCGUGCCAGACCAUUGUGCCAAAUGUGGCGGCCACCGCCACUGCCAUCCCUCUGCUGGCCGUGGCCCCACAGGGCGUGGCCACCCUGUCCAUCCACCCCGCUGUGGCCCAGCUCCCGGCCCAGCCCGUGUACCAGGCAGCCUUCCCGCAGAUGGUGCCCAGUGACGUCCCGCCUUCUCCUCUCCACACGGCGCAGACUGUGCAGGCUGCCCCUCUGCAGCCGGCACCCCCCGUGCUGCCGCAGCCCCGCCUGCCCAGCGUCACCCACCUUCCUGAGCCGGCUGCUGUCCCCCCGGUGGGGAGCCAGAUCCUGCUUGGCCACCCGCCUCCGUAUGCUGUGGAUGUCACCGCCCAGGCCCCCGCGGGGCCCACUCCUGCCGCCGCCCUCUCUCCGCCCCUGCCGGAAGGGCUGCCCCCUCCUGCCCCCGAGCACCUGCCGCAACUCCCCAGCUCGCAGGCCCCCGUGCCGACGGCUGCGACUCCGAGCUUGCCUGUCCAGUCCGCUGCGCUGCCCCCCGCCAACCUGCCCCUGACCAGUGGGCCUGGGCUCGCCAGCCUCAGUUCAGCCGUCCAGCUGACUGUGGAGUUGGCUCCAGAGGAGCAGGCCUCCCAGGACACGCAGCCUGGCCUCCUGCAGAGCUGUGAGAGCUACGGAGGGUCUGACGCCCCUUCUGGAAGGGAGCUGAGUGACAGCGGUGACGGCACCUUCGGAGCGGGGAGGCUGGAAGGCAGGCCGGCCCGGAAACACCACCGCAGGUCCACACGCAUGCGGUCCCGCCCGGAGAGGCUCAGCCGGCCCCGGCUGACCAUCCUGAAUGUGUGCAACACAGGUGACAAGAUGGUGGAGUGCCAGCUAGAGACGCACAACCACAAGAUGGUGACGUUCAAGUUCGACCUGGAUGGGGACGCACCCGAUGAGAUCGCCACCUAUAUGGUGGAGCACGACUUCAUCCUGCAGGCCGAGCGGGAAACGUUCAUUGAGCAGAUGAAGGAUGUCAUGGACAAGGCAGAGGACAUGCUCAGUGAGGACACGGACGUGGACCGUGGCUCCGACCCGGGGGCAAGCCCACCACCCCUCAGCACCAGCAGCCUGGGUGCCGGAGAGGAGAAUCGCCAGUCCCAAGCCAACGCCCCAGUGUAUCAGCAGAAUGUCCUGCACACCGGGAAGAGGUGGUUUAUCAUCUGUCCGGUGGCCGAACACCCGGCUGCAGAGGCCCCCGAAUCUUCGCCCCCACUUCCUCUGAGCUCCGUGCAGCCAGAAGCCAGCCCAGCUGAACAACCAGUCGCUAUGACAUGCGCUGACCACCAGGGGGCGUGCGCAGAACAUGGCGGGCAUCGGCCGCAGCAGGAUGGUGGAGCAGACCCAGCUCCCUGCAAAGACCAGUUGUCCUUGAAGGAAAAGCCCAGCGCCCCGGCCGGUGUGCAGCCUCCGAAGCCACCAGGCUCCAGGGACACCACCGGGGGCACACCAGCCCCUGCGGUGCCAUCCUCCCCUCCUGUAACUGCUGUGCCCCAGGACAUGGCCGCACCAACCGCCAGCCCCAGGCCAGAACCAGCGAGGGGCGCUGCCAUGCAGGCAGGGGCCCCAGUGACCUCUCAGGGGAUGGCCAACGAGUGUGAUGCCCCCCAGCCGCCGGCAGAGACUCGUGAUGCCCAGCUGGCUGCUAGGCCCCUGGAUGUGGCCCCAGGGCCCUGCGCCUCCCCUCCAGAGGCCCCUCUUCACCCCCCAGGCCUCGGGGGGCCCACCUCAGCCAACGAGGCCAACACCCAGAUGGAUGCCCCGCCAGCUACGGCCCCUGUGCCCAGUGCCUCCAGCGAGACCCCUCAGCCUGCCCUGGGCCAGUCCCUGCCUUCUCUCCCUAACACGGUGGGGGCUGCCAGCCUGGCUGCCCCCCAGCUCCCAAGCCCUCCUCUGGGGCCCAGCACCCUCCCCCAGCCACUGUCAGCCUUGGAGUCGGAUGGGGAAGGGCCGCCUCCCAGGGUGGGCUUCGUGGACAGCACCAUCAAGAGCCUGGAUGAGAAGCUGCGGACCCUGCUCUACCAGGAGCACGUGCCCACCUCCUCAGCCUCAGCCGGGACCCCGGUGGACACGGGAGACCGAGACUUCACCCUGGAGCCCCCGAAAGGGGAUCCGCCCUGCACAGAGGCCUCCACGGGGGACCUGGCCCUGCCACCCCAGCUGGUGCUGGACCAGCCCGGACUGGCACCUGGGCCGGCAGCUGCGCUGGAGCAGGCCAGAGCCUCGCCAGGGACAGCAGCACCUGUGAGCAGCACACUGGGCCCCGAGGGAGGCCAGGCAGCCUCGGGCUCACCUGCAGCACCCAGGGCCCCUCAGGACACCCCCGCGCCCGCCGUCCCCGCACACCUGGAGCCCGCAGACCAGAGCGGCCGGGCCGGCCCCCUCCAGCCCGCUGGUGCCCUGACCUCAGGGUCCCCUCAGAAGCAGCCAGGGCAGCGGGACGGCAGCUCUCCAGCCAAAACCGUGGGCCGGUUCUCCGUGGUCAGCACCCAGGACGAGUGGACCCUGGCCUCCCCCCACAGCCUGCGGUACUCGGCCCCGCCUGACGUGUACCUGGAGGAGGCGCCCCGCAGCCCCGACGUGAAGCUGGCCCUGCGCCGGGCGCAGACGGCCUCCUCCCUCGAGGUCUGCCAGGAGCCCUUGUCCAGCGACUCUGGGGACGAGCGUGCCCCCGGGAGGCCGCCGGCGCUGAGGCCGGGCUCCCUGCCCCGCAGCAGCGGCAGCUCGGCUGGCGACUUCGUGAGGAAGGCCGCCGCCCUCCUGCACAGGUCGGCGGGGGCCGGCACCCCGGGCCCCGAGGCCCCCCGCAGGGCGGGCGUGAAGGUCCCCACCAUCAGUGUGACCUCCUUCCACUCCCAGUCGUCAUACAUAAGCAGUGACAACGACUCGGAGCCCGAGGAUGCAGACAUCAGGAAGGAGCUGCAGAGUCUGCGAGAGAAGCACCUGCGGGAGAUCUCAGAGCUGCAGAGCCAGCAGAAGCGAGAGAUCGAAGCCCUGUACCGCCGCCUGGGCAGGACGCUGCCCCCCAACCUGGGGCUCUUGCACACGGCCCCCCCUGCCGGCCGCCGGAGGAAGGCCAGCAGGAGCAAGCUGAAGGCUGGGAGGCUGCUGACUCCACUGGUGCAGCAGCUCAAGGUCGUGGCCUCCAGCACAGGUCACUUGUCAGACUGCAGCCGCGCCCCUCUUGCCCAGGACCCCGCCAGGGCCGGGGCAGGGCCCGCCGCAGCGGCAGACUCCUGUGGGAAGGCAGUGCAGACCCAGCAGCCUUGCUCCGUGCGGGCCUCCUUGUCUGCAGACAUCUGCUCCGGCUUAGCCAGUGACGGGGGCGGAGCGCACGGCCCAGGCUGGACGGUUUACCACCCAACGUCUGAGAGAGUGACCCAUAAGUCUAGUAGCAAACCUCGCGCUCGAUUCCUCAGUGGACCCGUGUCUGUGUCCAUCUGGUCUGCCUUGAAGCGUCUCUGUCUAGGCAAAGAGCACAGCAGUCGGUCCUCCACCAGCAGCCUGGCCCCAGGUCCUGAGCCGGGCCCUCCCGCUGCCCUGCACGCCCAAGCGCAGGUGAACAACAGCAACAACAAGAAGGGCACGUUCACGGAUGACCUGCACAGACUGGUGGACCAGUGGGCCAGCCAGACGGCGGGGGCUCCGCAGCUGAAGCCGUCACUCAACCAGCUGAAGCAGACGCAGAAGCUGCACGACAUGGAGGCGACAGCUGGCUGGCCCCCCGCCUCCGGCGAGAUUCGGGCUAUGAACACACCUCGAGCAGCAGUGGGGACACCAUGUUUGGCCCUGGCGUCCGGCCCUCUACCCACCACGGUCAUUCCUGGAACUGCCCUGGCCCUGCCCGUGCCCAUGCCAGGUACUGCCCUCUCUGGCCUCUCCACCCCACCCUGUGCAUGGCCUCUGGGCCAGUAUAGAAGCCCGCUUCCAGCUCCUGUGUCCUGGGGUCCCUGGGCCACCCAGGCUGGCAACCGGAGCUCUACCUGGGGGCCGGGCGUGGGCACAGCCGGGGGGCCCAUGCUUCCUGAGUUCCUGUGGCCACCUGUGGUCAGCAUGCCGGGCCCCAGGCCGUGGAUCCUGUAGCUCUGUCUAGCCACUUGCCAGACGGAACGUGUUGAACUGAAUGCCCAUAGGAGUCGGGCUGUGGUUUGGCCUGCUGCUCCUGCCCUACCUGCCCGAGGUGCCCAGGGAAGGGCCUGCUGCUGACCCCACUUACCCCCAAGGUUCCCAUAGGCCACACUCACCGUCUUGCAUCCACUUUCUGUACUUGAAUCGAAGCUUAGCACGUUGUAAUCGCCCUGCAGGAUUACAGUGCCUGGGACUCCAGUUUUCCUGUUCACUGAUGGAAAGAGAUGUGUAAAAUCAUGUCAGGAAAAGGAGUAUUUCAUUGACAACAGGCUUGUGUGUUGAUACCUUAUUUCCCAUUUUAAGUUGCAGAGAGAGAUCAGUGGUUUACAAAUCGGAAGCUGCAGUCUGACCUUUAGGUGCUGUAAGUGGUCAUUUUUUAAAAUUGAACUAGUGACCUUGACUAUGAAGAGCUGCAGAUGGUGGGGAGCCCUGCUUCCUGCGUGUAGGAGGCCUCUCUGGCUCCACGUCCCUGGGCGCAAACAUGGGCACACCCACAGCUGCAGGCGGGCACUGCCCGGCGCCAGGGUGCGUGGUCCCGGCCGUGCGUUUGUCUCAGUGAGGAACGUUAGCAGCUGUGUUUGGCUGUGUGGAAGCUGCUGGAAAGUGCUAGGUGAGCCGACAAGCCCUCGGGCCCACAGCCAGGCAGGACUGCUGUGAGCUGGGAGGUGAGGGUGUCUGCUCCUGGGAGCUGCCUCCUUCCUGCAGACACAGCACCCCCUUGGCUCGGCGCCCCUCCUCCUGCUGGCCUCCUUCUUUUCCCCAGGCCUGGGGCUGCCUGUGCCAGCCUCUAUGGCCUGCUCUACCCCUGCAUAUCCCCUCCCCCACCCCUGGAGCCCCAGGCUGCUCUCCAGAUUCCAUGGCUGCCCAGCAAGGGGCAGUGGGACUGGCCCAGGGCAGCAGGAGCCUGGCGGGAGCUGGAGGCCCUGCCCCUCACUGGCCACUGCUCGGGAGGCCCUGGGGGCUGCGCAGCUGUGACUGCAGACACCUGUCCUGGGACCUCGCUAGCACGGCUCACUUGCUUUGGUGUCUGUCUUACUCCGUCAGUUCAGUGAGGAUUGACUUGUGGGGAGGUUGUGCAGCAUCUUCUGCCGGCUGCGCGCGCGCCACUUCUUUCUCCAUGAGGGGCCCCUCGUCUCUUGUUGAGUUUUAUGUCUGGAAGCCCCACCCGCGCCCUGCAGCCCACUGCACCCUCGGGAGUGUUGGCGCUCGGCCUUGUCCACGCAGGGCCAGUGGCACAGAAUCCCCAGGAGACUGUAUAUGAAGGAGAAAAAUAAACAUUUUUGUUGGAAAAUAGUGUGAAACCACAUUUUUCUUACUCUGUGUCCACAUAAAAGCUGAAGCAGCGAGCCUCACAGGGAGGACAGGAGGCGGCAGCCGGGUGGGCGGGCGGCAGGGGCGCCGUCGCCCGUGGAGUCAGUCUCGGGAGACGUGAGUGGGGUCCUGUGGACUCGGGCCUCUGCUCCACCCGCGGGUGCGCCUGGGCCCCGAGGAGGGCGGCCUCCUCACUCUCCACCUCUCUGAGCCUGAGCUGCGUGCCGAUCCGGGGGCUCUGUCCAUGGACUGCGUGAGCCUCAUGGUCAACCAAACGGGAUUCCCACCCCUGUCCACAGGGGCUGUUUCCAGGAAAGCUGCGUUGGCGGGCCCUGCAGGGGGAGGGCCAGACCUAGCCUUGUGAGAGGAGGGUUGGGGCUGAGCCACCCACGGUCAUGGAAGUGCCUCUGUUGUACGGGAGGCACAGGGCCAGGUGCCGGCUGGGUUUGGGAAGGGUCCUCCUCCUGACCGGCCCCCUUCCGCUCCCCCCUCCCCCGCCCUGUGGGACUCAGCGUGUGUUUCUGGCCUCUCGCUCCGUGGCCUGGGCCCUGCACUCACAAGCUGGGGUCACAGUGCCUUCUGUCCACCGGCGAGGCGGCCGCCCAUCUGCAGGCCUCACUCCCACUCCCGCUGCCAUGCAGUCGGGUCUGGGGCCUCUGCUCCGGAGUGGGGACCCCCGGCUGCCUUGGGUGCCUCCGCUCACUGCUGGCCUUGGGCCGAGGCCGGGCAGCUCGUGGAGGCUGUGCCGCGGGAGCCGGAGGCAGGUCUCCCCCUGACCGCCCGGGGGUGGGGGGCUGGGGGUCCUGGCUGGUUCGGGGAGCUGCUUAGUGUGUGGGCGGCCGGCGGGCAUAGGGCAGGCCUCCCAGGAACGGAGCCCCACUCCCCAGGCCGGGGCGGCCAGUCGGGCCUGUAAUGA